AAACUCAAGGGAGCAUCGCCUUUCUGGCGCUGCGAGACAAGGGCGGCAGGCUCCGCCCUUAUGUCCAAUCAGCUGCUUCGAGGACCGGGCCGUCAUGACGUCACGACAAGGCAGCCAAUGAGCGUUCUCACGGUAAUGACGUCACGGCCACCGAUCGAAGCCGAGCGUAGUCGAGUCGGCUCGGCUGCGCUGUAGUCGCAACACAACAACAAGGGAUCCUUCAUUCAUUCUCCGUGAGGAACCUUCGGUGCCUUUCUAGUGCUCUCACUUUGUUGCAGUCGCCGCUGCUCGGGAAUUGGGAGUGCGUGUUGCGCGUGUGCUUGCGUGCAAGAAGGCGAGGCCAUGCAGUGAGUGCGAGGAGCGCUUGUGUCCGGAGGAAGGAGAGGGACGUCGUUGUGUGCUGUGUUGUGACCUUCCUUCCUCGCUGCCAUUGUCUCUCGCUCUGUCUCUCUAUGGCUCCCGCAGCCAACAAGGACGCCGAUAAAGGGCGGAAGGAGGCGGCCACACAGGAGCUGGAGGCAGACGAAGGCUUCGACUCGCCCUCGGUGGUAAGGGCAGGCGGCGGCGAUGCCAAGGAUCAGCGCCUUCCCUCGAGGUCGGACUCGGACGCGGAGGUCGCCUCGCAGAGCUCGCAGUCCAACGGCAGCGCUAGCGCCAGCGACAGUGACAGCCAGCCAGACUCAGGGACUCAAGUGAUGUCUGACGUGGAGGAUGAGCCAAGAAGGUCGUCCUCGGGGCGGGUUGAAGGGGCACGAAGCGAUAAGGACGGUGUGGAGGCCAAGGCGGAGACGCUGGCAGAGUGCAUUGUGUUCUCUCUGCUGGGCAAGAGGACGGGGUCCGGACAGGACGAUGUGGAACGCACCCUGCUACGUUGUGUGCGAAUAGUCAUGCAGAAACAUGAGAUCUUUUUGAAGGGCAUGAUGAAAAGGCUGGAUAUCACACGCGAGACAGGCUAUGUGUCCUUUGUGGCUGUGGCCAAUGAGCUCUUUGAGGGUGAGAAAAUGUGCAUCACAUGGGGCCGGAUUGUAGCCCUCUAUGCCUUUGGAGGCCAGCUGGCACUCUAUUGCAAGGAGAAGAACAUGGAGGACUUUGCAGUUACCAUUGCCAAGUUCAUGGGCAAAUAUGCCAGUGAAAUUGUGGCGCCAUUUGUCAGAAGAGUUGGAGGAUGGCAAAAGAUAUGUGAAGAAUACCCAGCUGAGGAUGAUUUGGAAAACAAGGCAUGGAGAUUCCUGACAUGGACUGCGAUUGGUCUAGGAAUAGCUGCAACAGCUACAUUCUUCACAUCCCAUUAGCACUUCAGCUUCAUAUUCAUGUCAUGACCUGGAAUCUAAGAAGUGAUGUCCAGGACUCCUUUGCAUUACAUCUCAUUGCAUGCAUACAUACCCCAUAGUCACAUGAAUCUGUUGUGGGCUUGUUUAUUACAAGCCUUUUUGCCUGAUUUCUUCUGAAUUGUUACUAGGGAAAAAAAGAAUUGUAUGGUUUCCUAAACCUCUGAUAAGCUCCAGCUUAUCAAAGUUUCAUUUGUUAGUAUAUGUUAAAAUACUGACAACAAUGAUGCUUCCAUUUACUCUGAAAGCAGAGACUUCAUACAAUCAAACCUGUAUGAGUUCACUUAAUGAAAAGGGUUCAUAAAUCACAUUUUUCAAAUUUCAAGUUUUGGAGAUCUGGUUGUUAUGCUGUGAUUGUACUGCACAAAUCUCAGCAUGAAAAUUGAAGAUAUUAAUAUUUUUCUUGUAAUACAGGUGUAUAUUUCUUUUUAGGAUUAAUUAAUGUAUCCAGUAUACAAACAUCCUCGUUAGAAAGAAAUGUGAAAAUAUUUUACAGAUUUGUAUUCGGUUAUGGUUACUGGAUUGCUAUUUUGUUUGUCUCUUACAAUCAUGUGCAUAUAUGUUAAGUAGAACAAAGAAACAUUUCCAUGUUCCUUUUUUUUCCAUAGAUUUCACUGUAUAGUUUUUACUUGUUUAGUCAGAUAUAGCAGAGAAUCAGAUUAUUUUUUUAUGCAAAACUUGGAGUAGCCUAAAAAAAAGCUUUUGAAUUCUCAUCAGCAGAAAGCAAAAGAGGAGAAAGGUAAUUGAUGAAAAUCAUUGUCUUUGUAAAUAUUGUACAUUAUUCUUUCAGAAUAACAAAUUGUUUACUUACAGUGUCUUUAGCACUGAUAAAAAUUAUCUAGUCAUUAGGUAUCAUAUUAAAAUCUUGUCAGGGUGAUAUUUGGUUUAUAGAUGUAUUGUUAAUAGUCCUCCAGGGGCAAGAUCUAUGGCUGAAACAAACCUGUUCCAUCACAUCUGUAUUAUAGUUUUAAUUUUCCCAUUUAUUAAGUUGUGUUAAUUUAUAUAAACUAAAGACAGAUAUAGUACUCUGCCAGGCUUAUUUUAUAUUUAUUUUUUUCUUUAUUUCAUUCUUUUUACCAAAAGAAUAUUCAUAUUGGACAGGUAUGAUUUUAGCUCGGUUUUUCUGUUAAAGUGCAAAGAAAUAUUACAGAUGUUAUAACCUUAAAUGAGGUUACUUUUUCAUCCUUAGAACUAAAGUGUCGCUAGGUGGCAUAGAUUUUUUAUAAUUAUAAUAUCAAAAUAAAUGCAACAAAAGCUCA